AAUAUGACACUGUUACUUUCUAUUUUUUGCGUUUCUUCUAUUAUUACAUCAGCUGUAAAUUAAAUAAGUCCCCAAAUGAAAGCACCAAAUAAAACAACACUAGCAAUAAAUCCCCCUACUCCCUUCAGUCCCUCACUUCUCACGUUCAGAGUCACUGGACACCAUGCUAUGAAGUUUCUAAAAUACAUUAUUUGGCCGGUCCCAUCAAGCCAUGCUUUCGGUCUAAACCAUGCCGGUGCCGGAUUUUUUGUUUUUAAUGCCUAUUCUCUAUUGUCUAUCGGAGCCAAAAUUUUAAAAACAAACAAAACAAAACUCCGCGGUCAAAUAAUUUUGCGUAACCUGUUUUUAUUCAAUUUCUGCCUUGUUAAUAUUUUUCUCUAAUAAUUUUG